AUGACCCACCCGCGAGGACUGACGCCAGAGACUGCAAGAGCGCCACCACUGUCACAACGGAUUCCCUGGAAAGGACCACCAACACAGUCGGUAAAGAAAAACAGCCAAAACACUUCCAAAUGUCAAGAGAGUGUUGCAGAUCAAAGAUUUCUUAUUCUAGAAAUCAGCCAUCAUCAAGAGAAUCUUCUCCUACGACUGAUCCUCCAGUUACUUUAUCUCAAACUGAACAACCCUUACAACGAAGGAAAAAUCGUGACUGACGAAACAAAAGUACUGCUGAAAAAAGAAAGAACCAAUAUUUAUAUCCAAACAGACAAAGCCGUUUAUAAACCCGGACAAACCGUGAAAUUUCGAGUUGUAUCUCUAAAAGAGGAUUUUCUGCCAAACAACAUACAGCUCCUUCUCAUACAAAUACAGGAUCCAGACAGAAACCGCAUUGCACAGUGGCAGAAUGUGACUCUUCAACAAGGGAUAUCAGAGUUCUCCUUUCCCCUUUCCAUUGAGCCUCAGCUCGGAGAAUAUUCCAUCCAUCUUAAAGACAAUGUCCAUCCGUUCAUGGUAGAGAAAUAUGUUCUUCCAAAAUUUGAAGUUUUCUUACAUCUCCCAGAUCACGUCAGCACUGGGCAAACUCAUUUUCAAUUUCAAGUACAUGGCAGAUAUACGUUUGGGAAGCCAGUACAAGGUGUCUAUAGCAGUGAGCUGUGUCAAAAAGCACAACAUAAUUAUUAUUAUUGGCGGUACAGAGAUGAAAAGAAUAUUUGUGAGUCCUUCACAGGAACAGCAGGAACAAAAUUAAGUGAAAAGGGCAACUGGUAUGAGACUUCACCUGAAGAACUUUCAGAAACAUUGAGCAUUGAGCAAGUUCACUCCAAAAGCAACAAUUUCCUGAAACUACAGUCUCCAAAGAACGUGAUCCCAUGUAGCGUUCGGGAGGUCAUGGUAGAGUACGUCUUAAGAGUGAACAAACGGUCAGAAGAUAAUUUGUUUUUAUAUUACCUGGUGGUUUCAAAAGGGACUUUACAUGAUUUUGGCUCCGAAAAGAUACUCCUCAAAAAUAAAACAGCUCCACGUGGUGAGAUCUCUAUUCGACUCCCGCUAAGCGUAUCACCGCUGCUGCAAGUACUUGCGUAUACUAUGCUUCCAAAUGGAGAGAUUGUGGCAGAUUCUACAGAAAUCAAAGUAGCAAAAAGCUUUGGAAAUAAAGUUUACAAUCUUUUCCCAACACGUCAUAGUAAAGAAUAUGACUACAGAAUUCGGGACCCAGAGAAUCAUUGUUUUCAGUGGUUUCAUCAUUUCCCCAGGAAUAAGGAAGAUGUGUAUAGCUUAUUUGAGGCAACACAGAUAAAAAUAGUGACAAACUCUGAGAUUAAGACACAGGUUAACUGUGACUAUACGACAUUUCCACCAAGGACAACAACAGUUGCAGAAGGGGAAUCCCCACCUAUAGGGAAUCUCCAGUUCUCGCAGGUGUUCGGCGAAUCAGUACCAGGGUCAAUACCAGAGGAGGAAGAAGAGGCUAAGAAAAUUCGAAAGUACUUUCCAGAAACCUGGAUAUUUGAAAUGGCUGGAGUUGGAAAAGAAGGGUCAGUAAAUCUGUCGUACUCAGCGCCUGAUACUAUCACAGACUGGAGCGUGGGUUCCUUUUGCGUUGGACCCAAUGGAUUUGGUAUUGCGCCUACAACUUCCUUGAGGACGUUCAAACCCUUAUUUGUAGAGAUGUCCCUCCCAUAUUCUGUUAUUCGUGGGGAGACUUUUACGCUAAAAGCCUCAUUGUUUAAUUAUCUAAAGCAAUGCGUAAAGGUUCAAGCUUUUCUAGAGUCAUCUUCCGAGCUACAGGAGGAGCCGUGUGUGGGAUGUGACUACAGCCGCAGCCUGUGUGCAGAUGAAAGCGCGACUGUCUCCUGGAAACUGAAAGCCAUAAAGCUGGGGGAGGUUAACAUCACAGUACGGACAGAAGCGCUGCACACGCAAGAGAUGCAUAACAAUCAGACUGUAUAUGUACCCAAUCAGGGGAAGGUAGACACAGUUAUCAGACCCCUUCUAGUUCAGCCUGAAGGUAUUCUGGAAGAGAAAUCACACAGUUCCAUGCUAUGCGGUAAAGGAAUUGACCAUUUUAAGAAGGAAACUUCAUCGUUAACGGUACCUGAGAACAUUGUGAAGGAUUCGGGGAGAGGCUACGUGAUAAUUAGAGGAGAUCUUAUGGGAUCCGCCUUGCAGAAUCUGGAUCGCCUCCUACAGAUGCCUUGUGGUUGUGGUGAACAGAACAUGGUGUUGUUUGUACCUAAUAUCUUUAUCCUGGAAUAUUUAGAGAAAACCCAGCAGUUAACUGAUGCCAUAAAGGAGAAGGCAACCAAUUUUCUUACCAAAGGGUAUCAGAGACAACUCACAUACAAACGUCAUUCGGGUUCAUACAGUGCUUUUGGAAAGAGUGAUCCAGAAGGAAACACCUGGCUGACUGCGUUUGUAGUGAGAUCCUUCAGCAAAGCUAAGCAACACAUCUACAUUAAUGCAGACGAUCUACAGCACUCCAUUGAUUGGCUGAAAAAAAACCAAAAACCUGAUGGAAGCUUCAAGAGCAAAGGGAGAUUACUCAAUAACGCAAUGAAGGGAGGGGUGGAAGACGAGAUAACGCUUUCUGCAUAUGUGACCAUAGCUCUGUUGGAUGCUGGUUUAUCUAUAGAGGAUCCCGUGAUGCAGAAUGCAAUGUCCUUUUUACGUAACGCUGUGCCUGACGCAAGUAAGGUGUACACUCAGGCUUUGCUUGCCUAUGCCUUCACACUCUCUAAUGAGACCCAGCUCAGGCAGAGGAUGCUGGGAAAUCUUGAGGAGAGCGCAGUGAGAAGAGCUGGACAGAUGCACUGGGAGAGAAAAUCCCUCCCGCCUAGUAAAGACUCCUACUGGUAUCGCGCCCCUUCUGUAGAAGUGGAGUUAACCUCUUACGUGCUGCUGGCGUAUGUCUCAGGACUCACAGUGCAAGAAAGUGAGCAGGCAAAAUCCUUGGAAAUGGUGAACUGGCUCAGCAAGCAACAGAAUCCAUCUGGGGGGUUUUCUUCUACUCAGGACACUGUUGUGGCGCUACAAGCACUGGCAAAAUAUGCAGAAAGGAUCUUUAGUGAUCAAGGGACUGUGGCGGUGACAGUAAGUGACCAGAUGGGAUUCAAGGAACAGGUUCAUGUAGAUCAGGCAAAUCGUCUCCUGCUGCAGACAGUGUCACUGCCACAAAUCCCCGGCGAAUACGCAGUGACAACUGCAGGCGUUGGCUGUGUCUUCAUACAGAUGGUUGUGAGAUACAAUGUUCCUCCGCCAAAAAGUGAUGCUGCAUUUGAGAUCAGAUUGGAAACAAAUCCUAAAGAAUGUACCAAUCAGCUUUUUACUUCAUUUGAGAUCCACAUCCAUACAAAAUAUACCGGUCCUCGUGAAAGCUCCAAUAUGGCUCUUAUCACAGUUAAAAUGUUAUCCGGAUACACCCCAGUAGAGAGCUCCAUCAAAUCGCUGGAGGAAAAGAAACUGAUACAAAGAAGUGAGGUGCAAAGUGACCUGGUGACGUUGUAUUUAAAUGAGCUGAAGCAGGACACUGUCCAUCUCAGCUUCACAGUGGAAAUGAUCAAUCAAGUUAAGAACCUAAAACCUGCGGUCAUUUCAGUUUACGAUUUUUACGAAACAGCUGAGAAGGCAUUUGCAGAGUAUAAUGCACCUUGCAGAUCUGGUGACAAGGUAGAAGACUCUCGCUAGAUGCUACAUUCAACAACCGAGAAGAAAUGACCUGUCUCAUCAGAUAUAUAACUAAUAGUUGUCAUCAUAUAUAAUAAAAUGAUGAAGUCAUAUGA